AUGGCGCUCGCACGCGCCCUCGUGCGCGGCUCUCAGAUCAUCGUCUGUGACGAGGCCACGUCGAGUGUUGACAUGGAGACGGACGACAAGAUUCAAGCCACCAUGGCGACCGGUUUCCGCGGGAAGACGCUGCUGUGCAUCGCCCAUCGGCUACGGACCAUCAUUGGGUACGAUCGGAUUUGCGUCAUGGAUAAGGGGCGCAUCGCCGAGAUGGGCCCCCCGAUCGAGCUGUGGGCGAUAGAGGGCGGUAUUUUCAGGGGCAUGUGCGAGCGCAGCGGUAUCAGGAUGGAGGAUAUUCGGGGUGCGAAGGAAGUACUAGAGGGGUUGGGAGGUUCGCCCGCGGGCCAAGGGGAGGCCUGA